AAGCCACAUUCCCUUAGUGCUAAUCUCUCCCCAGCUUCACCCCACCCUGCGUGCACCUGAGCGCUAAGGCCAGGUCGUUUCUUUCUAGUGACGAAGCACGUUGGAAGAUAUACAUUGACUACCUUUCCUUCUUAUGCAGAUGGUGUUAUCGUGUGUAAUCACUAGAAUGGAGUCUGCUGGCCUGUCCCUCCCCAGAUGCCACACUCCCAGCCACACUGCCAGACUACGAAACGCUCAUGCGUGCUUGAGAAGUAAUGCUCCAUCGGCGUCGUUUUCCCUACAACCCGAAACUAAGGCCGCCUUGCCACGGUUCAAGCUACAGCUGGUGAGAGAUCAGUCACGCUGCCAGAGAUUAUCAGCAGUUGCAGUAGCUGCAAGUGCGGAAAGUGCGGCGAAUUCCGCGAGCGGAGUCAAGGUGCAGAUCACUCUGGUCCGGGAAUGCGGAUUCGGACAGGCCUUCGGGGUAGUGGGUGGAGCGCCGGAGCUCGGCCAAUGGGAACCCGCCAGAGCGCUCCAGAUGGAAUGGUCACCCGGCCAUGUCUGGUCGGCUCAAACUGUUCUCCCUGCAGGGUCGCAAAUCGAGUUUAAGUUCAUCAUGGUGACGGAGGGCGGGGAGGUCGUCUGGCAACCGGGCCCGAAUAAGACAGCCGAGAUCUCCAGCGCUAAGGGGAAGCUGCUUCUGCACCUUCCCUGGCACAACGAGGAGCUUCCGCCGCUUCCCCGGACGGCGGAAGCAGGCGCGGCCGCCGCCGCUGCGGCGCUGGCUCCAGAGUUUCAAGAGGCGGAGCUCGCGAGCGGGAAUUCUGCAGCCAAGGGGGCGGGCGAGGAGAAGGCAGAGGCGGUGGAAGCCAAUGAGCCGGUGGAGGAGGAGGCUGUAGCGUCCGCCCCAGCGGAGGGCGGGAGCAGCCAGCAGGCAGGAGGGAAGGCUAAGCAGAAUGCGGAGGAGGAGGAGGCGAGGGAGGAGGCGGUCGGUUCAGUGGAGCAGACGAGUGCCCAGGCUUCCCCUCCAGAGCCGGACGCAAGAGAGGGUACGAAGCAAGCAGGAAAGCCCCCUCCAAAGAAGAAACCCUACUCCCCGACAGCCCAAGUGCUCCAAGCAGAUGCAGCCUGGGGGCAGCGAGUGUGGGGGUCGCUGAUUUCCUCAUGGGGACGCAAAUCUCUAAUGGACGAGGAGACGGACCGGCAAUAGGUUCCAGCAUUCCCAAGAGUAGCACGCGUGUUGCCCUCUCCUGGCCUCUCAAAACAGGAGAUGGCCUAGGUAACAGAGACAGGAUGUAUGCUUUUUCAUCAGGAGAAGGUUUCUAGACUGUAGAUUGGAAUUUAUGAGAAACCGUUUGUAAGAGAGUAUGCUACGAGCAUGAAGUUGAGGAAGUUUG